UUACUGCUUGAGAGUCCCCGGGUUCGCAGAAAACAAGUAGAAAUGAUUAACAUUACUGUCUUCUUUGCAGGCGUCUCUAAAAAUUGUCAUUCGAAGUCUUCUGAGAAAUGGAGAUUAGGAUCCCUCGUCUAUCCCAAACACACCGUGUCUGCUCGCCAACAAGCAACACGCUGGGCUGCAAAGAAGGGAAGAAAGGAAAGAAAUAGAGAAAGCCAGACAGCAAACAAGAAACAGAAAGAGAAAGGGAGGGAAAGAACGGAGCUAAGGAGGAAGCGGAAUAAAGGAAAGGAAAAGGAAAGGACGAGAGGAAGGAAAAGACAGAAGGAUGGAGGCCAGCGGAGAGCAGGCCGUGGCUCCUCAGCCGGCGGAGGGCCGGAGGUCCCAGGCCCAGGGGAGGAUGCUCCAGCUGCGUAGCCCGCACCCGGCGCCGCGCCUUCCCGGCGGCUCAGCAGCUCAGAGUGAACACAGCGGGAGAAAGGAGCGGGCGAUAGACAGAAGGAAGCGGAGCGGAGAGGGCCAGGCGGGAAGGGGGUUGAGCGCGAAGACGUUGAGGGGCCGCGGGGUGAAGAGUGCCCGAGCGAGCGCGGACGAGGAAGAGGCCAGACGACCCCCGCCAGCGGAGCUCAGAGGCGGCGCGGGGUACCGCGCGGUUCCGGGUGUCGGGCUCCAUAUGCAACAGCGCCAUGUUCGCGUUGCCCUUCGCCGCGGUGGCUUUGCUUUUAUUUAUCCCGCGGCAGGGACCCACGCCAGAGAGCUUUUGCAACUUGGGCAGCUUCCGGGCAGCGCGCAGGCGAGGCAGCAGGAUUGCAGGGCCUCGGGCCUGUCUAUGCAAAGCUGCAGGACUGCAGGGCUGCAGGACUGCAGGGCCCAGCCGGGGACCCGCGGCCUGUCCCCUCCUUGCCCCUUGCGCCCCUGUGCUGCAGUCAGGUCUCGGGCGCAUCACCCCUGGGAGCACGCGCCCUGGACAUUCGUCCCGGAGGGUGUGCGUGUGUGCAGACGGGAGGGGCACUGGAAAGACCAAGGACACCCUGAGGUCUAGCUGGGGUACAGCGGGGCGUGACAGCCCGACGGCCAGCCUUCCGGAGAGGACUGGGCUGCCACGCGGAUCCCGCUGGGCGCUCACUGUCACCUGAGCUCAGCAGCCAGACAAGACCCUUCACUCCAAGUCCCAUCCUCGCCAACGCUGGGGAAGUGCCUGGAUUUCCGUCGUCCCCUCUCGGUUCCAGGGACCGUGGGGACCCGGCGGGAGGCCACAAGCGAGGACUGGGUGUCUGGAGCCCGGCUCCAUCGGGACACCAGCGCAGUGGACCAGGCGGCGGCCUCCGGGCUUCAUCCCGCGCAAGGCAAAGGGCUCAGUCUGGACGCGACGGCUCCUUCAAGUCUGGCCAUCACCACUGGGUGACAGAUCUCCGCGCGGGUGGCCGGACCCCCUUCCUACGUCCGCUGGGUGGGGCACCAGCUCACCCGGUCCUCCUUUCCUGACCAGGUCUGUCCAGAGUCAUGCCUGCCGCCCAUCCCGGGUCAUUUUCAGACCCGGGAAUUCAGAAACGCCCCCAAAACUUGGUACUCCCCAAACUCCCCCAGCGCAGAAAAGCAGCGCCCUCGAACCCGGGGAUCCCCAAGCCACCAAAGUGGUUUAUGCACUGACGCCAGCUUCGGGUGCUGUAACCUGGUUACUAUAUUGCUACAUUCUCAACAGACCUUUCACUUUUGAAAUGGCAUUUAAGUUACAUUCAACAGUUCAUCCUUCACAUAUCUACUUUUUCAGGCUAUUUUUCAGAAGGAAAAGAUCUCUUUCCCAAGCAGGAAAAACAGAUUUCUUUUAUUCUUCUGUUAGAAUAUUUGCAUUAAAAUGCAGGCUUCAAAUUGCUUAAGAGAAGCCUCAGACUGGCCUCUUUAGUCACAGGGGGAAAUCCCUUCCCUGUGUUUUUGUGAAAUGCAAAAGCUAAAAUUUCAAAAUGAAAUAGCUAUGUGGUGGGUUCAGGGUGCUCCACAAAAUUAAGAACUGACAAUGUCAACAACUUGAAAGGCCUACUUUAGACCAUCUAGCUAUGCUCGCACAGAUUCUUCUAUUAAAGAAUUAAAGCAUCCGUUACUGAUGUAGACAUUUACCAUUUGACAAGAGAUGGCAUUUUAAGUUGAGCAUCACCCACAGGCUCAUGUCUCUACUGUCUCCUGGAUAUUCUUACUAAUCCUUCCAGCUUCCCUGUUUACAGGCAAGUUUGCUUGUUAUUCACCAGGUGGAUUUUAAUUUAGCCAGAAUUCUUUAAAAAUACCAUUUCCCAAAAGCCAUUUAGGAAGGCCAUUUUAUGACAGACAAAUACUAGAGUAAGGCUUAAAGUAAACUGCUUUCCCACCUCUCAAGGACUACGUGGAGGUCGUAGUCUUCUUGGCGGAAUUCUGUCCACUCUUGAAUCUAGUCAUUUAAUAUAACUGAUGACAUUUCAAGGCCUACUUUGCCUUUAAAAUCAUUGAAAAACGUUUGUUAAACUUAUUUAUUAAACUCCUAAGAGAACAUUGGGUUUCUUGCCAGGAGGCGGAUGCUGAUCAGUGUUCAAUAUAGAACAAAAUUAUCACAUUAAUGCAUACCACUUCUAAUGCCUAAUGUGCUAGUAUUGCUGAAUAGUACAUAAUUCAAAAGGAAAACAUCUCUAUUUGAUAGGUUUAUUAUGUAAAAAAGGCAUAUAAUCCCUGUCCCAGAAUAAAGCAAAAUAGAAUUUUAAGUAGAGCUCUUAAGUUUUAUUCAAAAUGCAUUUAGACAGCUAUGUACUAGAAAUUACCACCAGAGCACUUUUUGAGCAAGAUAAUUCUUAGGGCAAAAACAUGAAUUCACAAAUGUCCAAUAUAUGACAGUCAACCUAUAACAAUGCAAUCUUCACAAAAAUAUGUUGACUUUUAUAUUUAAUGUUAUUGGCCUAUGUGUCAUUCAAAGUCUUAAUAAUGCAAUGCAUUAAAUAUUUGGAAGGCAUUUCUUUAGAAUUGUUAUAUUACAAGGCAUAAAUACUUCAACUCAUUGAAAUAUGUUUUCUAGGUGUAUUUUCAAUCAUCCUUCCUUACCACAUACUUCAAACUUCAACUACCUGCAGCUUUUACAUUUUUAAGUACAUUUUUAAUUGCUAGAUAUGAUCACUUAUUAACACAGAGAAUAUAUUCAGGUAUUUCAUUCUAACAGGACCUAAGCAUAAAUGCCUAAAUAAGGUGUGAACAACCAUAGGAAUUAAGGAAGGAACUUCAUUUCAUUCCUAUAGUGUCCCUGUAAGAACAUUUGAUUGAAAACCUAAAUUUCCAAUUUACUAAGAUCUUUUUUUGUGCCCAGAUAUUGAAAACUAAUACAGCUUUAUUCACAGGCAGCCCCUCCCAGCCCACUGUAUUAUUAAAUU